UCCUGUCUUUAGUUCAGGCUUGGUAUCAUUCUGGCGUUGUUAUUGAUGGCUUGAUUCCGAUGGUUUCCCGCGAAGCAGCCUCUUAGCUGUUGGUUAGCUAAUGGAUGCUAACGCGUUAGCUUGGUGGUUAGAUCGGCUUGUGGAAAACAAACUCGAUUUUGCCUCUUUAUUUCAUGAAUCGCGGUUGCAUUAGUGACGUCACCGCGGUGUUAUUACUGGACCCAAAGAUGUUGAGGUCUUGCUCAAGGGCGACGACAAAGAAGAGCCAGGCGCUUUAGCCAUGACCACUGCUGCCCGACCCACGUUUGAACCAGCCAGAGGAGGCCGGGGUAAAGGAGAAGGAGACCUCAGCGCCCUCUCCAAGCAGUACUCCAGCCGAGACCUUCCCGGACACACCAAGAUCAAGUACAGGCAGCCGACCCAGGAUGCCCCCGAGGAGGUUCGCGCUCGGGACUUCCGCAGAGAACUGGAGGAGAGGGAGCGUGUCGCCGCACGAGAGAAGACCAGAGAGAGGGGACCAAGAGAACACACCACCUCGUCCUCGUCUUCUUCUUCAUCAUCAAAGAGGCCCAGACUGGACCAGAUUCCUGCAGCCAACCUGGAUGCUGACGACCCACUUACCGACGACGACGACGAUGAGGAUUCUGAUGAUGACAGCGACGACGACAACACCGCCGCCCUGGUGGCUGAGCUGGAGAAAAUCAGGAAGGAGCGUGCCGAGGAGCAAGAGCGCAAAGACCGAGAGCAGAAGGCUGAGGAGGAACGGAUCCGGAUGGAGAACAUUCUGAGUGGAAACCCAUUGAUCAAUCUGGCUGGACAGCAGCAGCUGCAGCAGCAGCAGCAGCAACAACAAGGCGCACAGGCCCAGAACACUUUCCGGGUCAAGAGAAGGUGGGACGACGACGUGGUCUUCAAAAACUGCGCCAAAGGCAUGGACAAGGCCGGGAAGGAGAAGCGCUUUGUCAACGACACGCUGCGCUCAGAAUUCCACAAGAAAUUCAUGGAGAAAUAUGUGAAGUGAAACAUUUUGAUUUUGUUCAGUCGUGUCAAUAUUUCAUUUUUACUUUCAAUAAACCCCAAAAAAAGUAUUUAAAACGUUUG